CGAAACUCGAAUCGGGGAUACCCGAUGGCGGAGUCCCGUCACCGCCACUUGCAUCCUUUCUCUUCGUCUUCCCCGCCCAAACCCUAACCCUUAUCGGUGUCGAUCAGAUCUCAUCGAAGGUGCCAGUCCCAUGGAUCGCCGCCACCGCGACGACAGCGCCGACAACGGCGGUGACGCCAAUGGCCAGCGGGAGAAGCGGCCCCGGCCCGCCCCUCGUGCCAUCUCCGCCGCCGAGAUCGCAGAGGAGUUUGCCCACCACGACUCCUCGGUCGCCCGCAUCAAUAACGGCAGCUUCGGUAGCUGCCCGGCCUCCGUCCUCGCGGCGCAGCGUUCGUGGCAGCUGCAAUUCCUCCGUCAGCCCGAUGAGUUCUACUUCAACCGCCUCCAGCCUGGGCUUUUCCACUCCCGCGCCCUCGUCAAGGAGAUCAUCAACGCUGCCGACGUCGAUGAGGUUGCCCUCGUCGAUAACGCCACCACCGCUGCCGCCAUCGUCCUGCAGCACGCCUCCUGGGCCUUUGCCGAGGGCGCCUUCCGCAAGGGCGACGCCGUCGUCAUGCUCCACUACGCCUACGGCGCUGUCAAGAAGUCCAUCCAUGCCUACGUGGCUCGCGCCGGAGGUCACGUCAUCGAGGUCCCCCUCCCCUUUCCGGUCUCCUCCAACGAGGAGAUUGUCCGCGAGUUCCGAAAGACUCUGGAGCUCGGGAAGGCCAACGGCCGGCGGGUCCGGCUUGCCGUGAUCGACCACGUCACCUCCAUGCCUAGCGUCGUGAUCCCCGUCAAGGAACUCACGAGAAUCUGUCGCGAGGAGGGCGUGGAUCAGGUGUUCGUGGAUGCCGCCCAUGCCAUCGGCAGUGUAGAGGUCGAUGUGCAGGAUAUUGGGGCCGAUUUCUACACGAGUAAUCUCCACAAAUGGUUCUUUUGUCCCCCGUCCGUCGCCUUCUUGUACACCAACAAGUCUUCUGCCUCCUCUUGUUUGCACCAUCCGGUGGUGUCCCAUGAGUAUGGCAAUGGCCUUCCUCUGGAGAGCGGAUGGAUCGGUACCAGGGAUUACAGCUCCCAGCUUGUAGUGCCCUCGGUUAUGGAAUUCAUCGGUAGGUUUGAGGGUGGGAUUGAAGGGAUCCGAAAGCGGAACCACGAGAAGGUUGUAGAGAUGGGCAAGAUGUUAGCCGAGGCAUGGGGGACGUUUCUUGGGUCUCCCCCGGAGAUGUGCUGCAGCAUGAUCAUGGUUGGAUUGCCUGGUUGUUUAAGGGUCUCUAGUGAGAAAGAUGCGAUGAAGCUGAGGAGCUUCUUGCGAGAGAAAUUCAAGGUCGAAGUUCCAAUUUACUAUCAGCCGCCCAAGGAUGGGGAGGUCCUUGAGAAGGACGGGAACAAUUGUGUCACUGGUUAUGUACGGAUUUCUCAUACUGUGUACAAUGCUGAGGGUGACUACCACAGACUUAGAGAUGCCGUUCACAAUCUGGUAGCUGAUGGAUACAACUGUGAUAUGCUUUCAUCCAAAUGAGAAGGUGCAGCAACUCCAACUAUCAGUAUAACUUCACAUUAGUUGUCAUUGACGUAUGACAUGGAUUUCGUCUGUCACAUAAUAAUUUAUGUAGCAUGCGUUGUACUUCAAACAGUUGGUCUACAUUGCUCCAAGCCAUGCUAGCAUUAGCUUUCAUCGAUUGCUCCAGUGUCAAGGGGAAAUGCUUUGCUUUUGACAUUGAGAAUUAUGAUAUAAGCCGGUCUACCUCGUCUAAAUUGCAAAGAUGCUGUGCUUUUUCAUGUGGAACACAGCAAUUGUGUCUUAGGAUAACGGUAUUUGGAUUGGCCAUAAGCAUGUUUCCAGAAAUCUCACUUUUCAGGACUUCGGAUAUUUUACGGAUAUACAAUAACACAAUCUUGAUUUAUUUGA